UUGAUAAGCCGCUCCGCGAACAUCGAUCCCAUAAUGAUUGCGAAAUUACUUUUUAUCGUCACAUUUAUCGGAGCCGGUUUCAGUUUACAGUUAAAGCAAGUGGUUAUACUAUCCAGGCACAAUAUACGGACGCCUUUGACGACCAACUUACAGUUAUUGACCCCUAAACGAUGGCCUAAGUGGAACGGAGAAACGGGGUUUCUCACACCAAAAGGACGUAAACUCGAACAAGCUAUGGGGAGGUAUUUUGCCGACUGGAUUAUCGAAGAGAAGUUACUAUUGGACAAGUGCUCGAGAAAUCAAGUGUUUGUGUAUUCUAAUACGAGAGAAAGAACUAUACAAACCGCAAAAUCGUUCGCUGAAGGCGCUUUUGGGGAGUGCGCCGAAGUUUAUUAUAAAAACAUGACGGGAAUGGAUCCAGUUUUCAAUCCAGUUAUAAGGAAUGAUUCGGAAGAGUUUAGGGAGGUCGUUUUAAGUGAAAUGCAAGCGCAAUUGAAUAAUAUCGACGUAAAAGACGCGCUAUUAAGGCUGAAUAAAAUAGUCGAUGUUAAAGAUUCGGAAUAUUGUAAAACUGAACAUGUUUGCGAUUUGAGUGAGGUGAAAAAUAAAAUAGUUUUCGAGGUAAAUAAGGAACCAGAUGUUGUUGGGGCGAUACAGCUUGGAAAUACUUUGGUGGAUGCUUUCUUGAUGGCGUAUUACGAUGGAAUGAAAGAAGACGAUGUAGCAUGGGGACAAAUACGAACAGCACAAGAAUGGGAGUCAUUUUUGAAGAUCGUCAAAGCUUAUCAUAAGAUCCGUUUUCAAACUAAGCUCUUGGAUAAAGAUGUAGCUUCGACGUUGCUUAAAUAUUUGGGGGAUGUGUUUCAAAAUGGCAGUAAAAAGUUCUAUGUACUUGUAGGACAUGACGCUAACAUAUUGUCGCUAAUGUCAGCUUUGAAUUUUAAAGAUUAUUCGUUGGAUGGUCAGUUUGAGAAGACGCCUAUUGGCGGGAAAGUGGUGUUUGAGAAGUGGUACGAAGAAGAGAAUGAUAGAGAGCUCCUGCGAGUGCGCUACGUGUAUCAGUCCUCGAAGCAGAUCAGAGAUGGCGUUGAAGCCAGUUUACAGCACCCGCCGCUAGAGGCGCUGCUGCAAAUGGAAGAUUGUGCUGUUGACGAAAACGGGUACUGUCCGUGGAACGAUUUUAUAAGAAAAUUUAACAUAGUUUAGUCAAUAAUAGUAAUUAAUCAGACGGUCGGUGAAGGAGCGUUGCUUUAGUAGGCUCACAAAAGUAUUAAGCAGUCUUGUCAGGUGGCAAAACAAAUUGUGCGCCUUCAACGCCUGGUAAUGCCCCUACUCACAUACUCCGUUGGCAUACUAAGGUGGACUCGGACCGAUCGGACGGAGGGUCCUACUACUGCUCAUCACACCACACCCUGUACUGUAGCCAAGUCCGACUCCGUUCUGGCUGAUAGAUCGAUCGCAGCGCCGGGCCGUACUCGUCAACAUAACCACCCCCCAUGAAUCCCAUGAUGAGAAUCUCGUGAAAUCCGAGAAGGACAAGUCCAGCUAGUAGAGUCAGCAAGAAGUUGCUAAGCGGGCGAGGUGCUGCUGACUGUACGUAGACUUGGCUCACGAGAUAACCGCCAUGUGAUACUUGUGUCAGCGAAUGGUUUCAUAGCGAAGAGUCUCGACCAACAUCUUGAGAGAUUUCGCUAGGUGGCUGGAUCAAGGGUCAGAUGCAGAAGGGGGUAUCUUGGACACGGCGCGUAUGGUACGUCGGUUUUUCUCUCUUGAGGCCCUGAGCUUGGGCCUUGUCUCGCUGCUGGCGGCACCCUAUGUUAGGUUUUUCAUAAUGUGUGUAUAACUGUAUAUGCGUAUUUUACUUAAGGUGCCGCGAGGCAAUUUCGACUGCGGGUUAAUUUCAACUAAUCGAAAUAUCUUCCAUGUUUUACUUUAUUAACUAGAGUGUUAUAUAUGUCGGUAUAGCGAAAAAGAUGUGUUGAGUAUGACUAUAGUUAAUAAUGUAAAACAUGGAAGUUAUUUCGAUUAGUUGAAAUUACUCCGCUGCACCUUACACAUUAUAAAUGACCUAACUUAGGACCUAUGAAUACAGGAUAAAAAUAAUAUUCAGUGUGUAUAUCGUAAAUCAUUUAGUAUAUGGACAGUAAAUGUUAUGAACCUAUUCUGAAUACGUAAUAAAGUUAAGUAGUUAUCCACAUGUCAUUUGCAUCAGUCGAUAUUGAAUCGUUAGUAUAAUAUUUACAGGGAAAUUACUAUUAUCUUAAAACACGUCAUUAUGGAUAAUGAUAACAGACAGAAAUAGUACUUAAGAUAAUAAUAAUAUUUGAGUUGACACAUCAUUGUUAUUUUGCAGACGUUUUAGAUAUAAAUAGAUACUUAUCCUACUUUAAACAAUAGUUAUUUACGAUACAAUAUCAUUUUUUCGGUGAAGGAAAACAUCGUGAGGAAUCCGGACUAAUCCCAAUAAGGCCUAGUUACCCCUCUGGGUUGGAAGGUCAGAUGGCAGUCGCUUUCGUAAAAACUAGUGCCUACGUCAAAUAUUGUGAUUAGUUGUCAAACAGACCCCAGGCUCCCAUGAGCCGUGGCCAAAAUGCCGGGAUAACCCGAGGAAGAAGAAGAGUUAUUUACGAUACAAAUGCUGAAGUAGGAAUUAAAAUAUAAAAAAAAUAUCUAUUCGCACGUUUAUUGUACAAUGUUUUACCGUCGGUCGUGUCUUAAUUUUAUCAGUUGCGAAUUUCCUACUUUACGCACCUGUAUCGUAAAUAACUAUUUUUAGAAUAAGAACCAAGAACUUUUUGCAACAACCUGCGAAGUACUUUUUUACCACAAAUUAUGCUGUAGUUUCCUUAAAAUUUGCAAAUAGAACAAACAGGUUUGCUUUUUCUGUGUUAUGUAUAUUUUACGACUCUGAUUGAUUAAAUUUAUUCUCAAAGUGACUUUGAUACUUUUCCUUGAUAAUUUUAGACGACAGGUUAUCUUGUAGGUGGGUGUUUCAACAUAUUCUUGUCACUCGUUGCCAUGGUUGGUCUCCUGGGUCACUUAGUUUCUUUAUAUUUAAAUGAACCAAACUUGAUUAUUUUACAGUUAUAAGCUUAGCUUUCCAUAAUGAGACAUCUACUAAGCAUAUUUGUAGAACAUGGCAUGGCAGUUCUUGUCUCCUAGCUGAUGGGACAGAAUAACAACAAAAAAUAGUUGAUCGACCCAGGUAUUUAAUGUAUAAAAAGACAAUGUAUUUUUUUAAUUUGGGUAUAUUAGAUACGUUAAAUGCUGUGAAAUUAAUAUUAAAAUAUAUAAAAUAUCUACUAAACAGUCAUAUUAUUUUUAUAAUUCUAAUACAGUAAAAAGUUCGUAGAUUUAGAUCAUCGUCCAACUAUUUAAAAGUAAGUUUUCGCUUGACAAAUAGUUUUAUUUUAUUCUUGAUGAUUCUUUCUGAUUUUGAACUUUAUUACAAAGUGAUAGGGUUCAAUUUCGCAUAAUUUCGGACACCCUUAUGCCUUAUAAAAGCGUUAACACAAAUAAAAUCGAGUCAAUAUUUACAACUGGCCACCCAGUCGCAGAAUCGGUACGGUGCUUGUAAUAUUACCUUUAUGAUUAUUAAAAGAAGGUACAAAACCAAAUGUAUUAAACCAAUAAGUCAAACACAAAUUAACUACAUAGUAUUGUAGCGAAUAAACUUGAAAAUAGACAGAUUAGCAGUCUGUAUUUCACACUUGUUUCUCUAGAAAUACGCCUACUUCUAAUAUUAAAUACCGAAAAAUGUGCCUAGUUGCUUCUCAAUGGGUAAUUGUGCUCCAACAGUUUUUGUAUACACGGUGGCUAAAAAAUAACUGCAUUCCCGUUGCCAGGUUUUGGGAUUAUACUGAACAACUUUUACUAUGGGACCAACCCCGAAAUCACGAAAAACAAAGGAACCCUCCCAUAGAAAAUGGACCAGCCAAAACGUAUGAACGGGCCAAAUUUUUUUUCGCGAUUUCGGGGUUGGUCCCAUAGUAAAAGAUGCUCAGUAUAAUCCCAAAACCUCCCUGGCAACGGGAAAGCAGUUAUUUUUUAGCCAAUCUGUAUAUGAAAAUUAACUCAGAACCUCAUUCAAGUGUUACAACAUGAUAAUAAAGUGAUGGUCUACUUUAAAUCGCCAUAUCUAUCAACACACCUACCACAAUAUAAUUUAAAAAUUUAAUUAUUUUUCAAAUUUUGGAGCAAAGCAGGCACAUUAUACGGUAUGCGAAUCGUUGGUAUCGUCUUGGAUCGUCACAUUCGUUUUUCGUCAAGUUUUUAAAUUAGUCCUAUUCUGCUUUCGUCACUCAUUCUACAUUGAAAGCCACCGACGAUUGUGACGAAUGUAGAAUGAGUGACGAAAGCUGAAUAGGACUAAUUUAAGAACUUGACGAAAAACGAAUGGGACGACCCAAGACGAUACCGAAUCGUUUAAGCCUUGUGUUUGCAAAUACAUCGUGUUCUAGGUUAACUACGGGCUGGCUCUAUACCUAUUACCUGUCCAAACAGGCAUACGUUCGUAAUAUAUAACAAUACCUAAUAUCUCAUACAUAUAUAUGUUGCUAUUGAGCAAUGAAAAUUGUAUGUAAUUGGAAACACAAGGCUAAAGCGAUUUGCCGAUUAUUACUUAUUCUACAAUUCGUACUUAGAAACUAACAAUCUAUUAGUGUUUUUUUUUAUUAUGUUAUCGCAACAUAUUGUGAUAUAAUAUUACAUUUUUCACCCACAAAGCGAAAUUUUCGUUCCUGUGUCAGAUUGGAAAGUUACAAAAAGUUUCCAAAAAGUUGGAUAAGUUUUUGGAAAUGCCUGAAUACAUCCAAGAGAAAUAAAGCAAGAAAACAGUUACUCAAUACACUCUGUACAUCAAUGUUGCCCCAGAUAAUAAUCCCGUAGCAUAACACAGACGAUACGUAUCCGUAAUACGCUUUGCGUCUUUUGAGACAGUCGCUCAUUGCGUAUAUCACAUAUAAAGCUACUACUGAGUUACCCCACAUUAUAAUCCCGUAACGUAGUGCACACGACACCUAUCCGUGAUCCGUUCUUUUUUUAAGAAUUAUUCUCUGCGUUUCACGGAUACUUACCAUGUUUCUUAUACAGGGUGUUUUCCAACAUGGCAUUUUCAAUGCAGGGCUCGAUUCAACUCGCUGCACUGAGCUACUUUUUUUAUGGGACCAACCCAACAAAAUAUUGGCUUUUUAUACAUUUUGGCUGAUCAGAUGUCGAUGUUUUCUAUGGAAAAGCCAAGCAUUUUUUCGAGAUUUGGGGGUUAGUCCCAUAUUAAAAGCCGCUUUAUUUAGCGAGUAGAAUCGAGCCCUGCAUUUAAAGCACCAUGGUGGGAGACAU